AUGGGAUGGCAGGUGGCAGGCCGCGGUAGGCAGCGAGCAGACUUCGCUUUUGCAGGGCGAGCCAGGUCGGGUGGGGACCGGGGACGGGGACGGGGACGGGGACGGGCCGCGGGCGAUCGAAUGCGGAUGGAGGCGGGGGGGCGAGGAACGGAUUCUUCCACCCCUGGCUCCCUUACCUUCCAGGCUGCUCCUCCUCCUCCAGCAGCAGCAGCUCCACGCGUGAGCUUUCCGGGCGGCGUUCGUCGUCGUCGAGGUUGCAUUGGAGGAGGGGAAAAAGGAAGCACGGGAGCGGAGGUCGGAGGGGAGGAAGGACAGAGCGAAUGA